AAUGGGAAUUAAACUGUUCUUUUGGAUGUCUCCCAUCAUUCUUUUCUCCUACCUUGGUAAAGUUGACUCAAGAAGAACUUUAAAACUUGGAUUUAUCACUCCAAAUAGCGGUCCUCUAAGUUAUGGAACUACUGCAGCAGCAACAACUAUGGCAAUUGAGAAAGCUAAGAAAGACGGCUACCUUCCAGAUACAGAUGUCAGGCUAAUAUGGCGUAAUGGAGCUUGUAGUGGUAAACAAGCUCUUGGUGUAACUGUUACUUUAUGGAGGGAGGAGGAUGUGGAUGGAUAUAUUGGUUUGCCAUGUUCAAUUGCCGCUAUAAAUGCAGGAAAGGUUAUCUCAUUUUGGAAUUUACCUCAUUUUACCCAUGAAUCACCAGAUCCAGAAUUGGCUCAUAAACAGACAUAUACAACACUGAUACGAAUGCUUAGCCCUUUUAACAAACUGGCUUUAGCCCUUUUGAAAUUUAUAGAAAAUAUGGGAUGGAGCAGAGUAGCCAUGGUAACAACUAGUCCUGCUCUUACGCAUUGUGAUUUCGCAAGCAGAUCUAUUGAAAAACUAUUUCUCGACUCGAAUAUAACUUUAAUUGAUUGGUUAAAAAGGUCAAGUAUGCCCGAUAGAUUUACCAUCUUUAAGUGGUUAGACAGGAUAAAAGAGAGAGCGAGAAUUAUUAUUAUAUGUACGGAUGAGGUUCAUUUACGAGAUUUUAUGCUACAAGCUGAAGAAAAGAAGAUGACUGACGGUGAUUACGUCUUCAUUGAACCUACGCUUCUGCCAUAUGAAAACUACAAGAACCGCUGGCAACAAAAAGAUGGUAAUGAUGAAAGAGCAUUCACAGCUUUUCAGACACUUCUUCAAAUGGCUCUUGGUUUUGUUAAUACCGAGGAAGCGGAAAAAUUUAGAGAAGAACUACCAAAGAAAAUGGCCGAACCACCUUGGAAUUAUACUAAGACUUUGGAGAAUAAAGAAAAGGGUUCUUUAUUUUCAUUGUAUCUUCAUGAUACACUCUACCUUUACUGCAUUGCUGUCGAUAGAGUUCUUAAACUCGGUGGUGAUCCUAGAAAUGGAACAUUUAUUUUUGAUCAGGCAAAAAACAUUACGUUCAAAGGAAUUUCUGGCGAUGUUGUGUUGGACGAAAUUGGGGAUAGAAUAGGAGACUAUUGGAUAUGGCAAUUGAGGAAAAAGCGCGAUGAAUAUGAUCUUUGGGCAAAAAUUUCUGUCUCCAAAAAGGAUAAAUCAAAAGUUAUUGAAUACGAAGCGAUUAGGCAUUGGGGAGCUAAAUUUGGCUAUGAAAUUCCAUUGGAUACUCCUAAAUGUGGAUUUUUUAAUGAACUUUGUCCAAAAGAAGGAUCAGGCCUAAAUAUCGCAACUGUAAUUGCGAUCGUUGCCUCAAUUGUACUAAUAGGAGCAGGUUCAGCAGUUGUUUACGUCUUCUACAGACGGAAAAAAUUCGAAAAUGAAAUUGAUUUAAUGCUGUGGAAAAUUAAAUACGAAGAUGUACAUUUUCCUUCAAAGAGCCUUGGUAGUAUACGAACUCUGGGUCAAAUGUCUGCGAGUGCUGGAAGUGAAACUAAUUCAAUUAACACUCUUAAUAACUAUAAUAGGACUUCAUCAAUAAAAGUUGGCAAUUAUAAAGGAACCUUGGCUAAAGUUACAUAUUUAAGAUCUGAAACUAUUGUACUUUCAAGAUACGAUCACAUCGAAUUGAAAAAUAUGAGAGAAUUAAAUCACGAUAAUGUUAAUCCAUUUAUCGGAGCUUGUAUUGAUGCGCCAAAUAUUUGCUAUUUAACUAAAUACUGUUCAAAAGGUAGUCUCGAAGACGUUAUUUCCAACGAGAAUAUUAAAUUGGAUUCGAUGUUUAAAAGUUCCCUAACUUUUGAUUUAAUAAACGGUCUGGACUAUAUUCAUCAUUCAUCUCUAAAAUCGCACGGAACCUUGAAAAGUUCAAAUUGUUUAAUUGAUGGAAGAUGGAUUCUUAAAAUAUCUGAUUACGGUUUAAGUUGGUUUAAGAAAGUCCCUGAAAAUGAAUUUGAUAUUUAUAAAGAUCAACUGUGGACUGCACCAGAAAUUCUCAGAAUGAUACCAAUGCCAAUAAAAGGUACUCAAAAAGGAGAUAUUUACAGUUUUGCUAUCAUUCUCCAGGAGUUAUAUUACGGAUGCUCUCCAUUUCGUAGUAACUGUGAUUCCAUUCAGGUCCCAAAAGACUUGGUUGGUAGAGUGAGAAACGGGGAGACACCACCUUUCAGACCGAUUUGUCCACACGAUCCGAAAAUAGAUGUGAAUAUUAUAAACUUAAUAAAGGAUUGUUGGUCGGAAGAGCCAGCUAGUCGCCCAGACACUUUACUGCUUAAGAACAGGUUUAAUCUCCUCAACAAAGGAAAGCAACAUAACAUUAUGGAUAAUAUGUUAAGAAUGAUGGAGAAAUACGCAACGAACCUAGAAGGUUUGGUUGAACAAAGAACAAAAGAAUUGGUUGAAGAAAAGAAAAAAACUGAUUUACUCCUAUACAGAAUGCUUCCGUCAACUGUAGCGGAUAAUUUAAAAAUGGGUGUCGUCGUUCAGCCCGAACUAUUCAAGGAAGUUAGCGUUUAUUUUAGCGAUAUCGUUUCAUUUACGAAAAUGUGUUCGGAGAGUACUCCUCUUGAGGUUGAAACGAUAGGAGAUGCGUAUAUGUGUGCCAGCGGAAUACCGGUUCCAAUUGGAAUAAAGCACGCAAGCGAAAUUGCUGUGAUGGCUUUACACAUCUUGAAAGGUGUUAGAGAGUUUACCAUAAAACAUAAACCACAAGAACAAUUAAAAAUCCGCAUAGGUAUUCAUUCAGGACCAGUUGUUGCAGGAGUUAUAGGCCUAACAAUGCCCAGAUAUUGUUUAUUUGGUGAUACAGUCAAUACAGCUUCCAGGAUGGAAUCAACUGGAGAAGCUCAAAAAAUUCAUUUAAGUCACGAAGCCUACCUUGCAAUUCAAUCUUCGUCUUCAUCAUUUGAAUUUAGUAGGCGAGGAGAAACUGAAAUAAAGGGUAAAGGAUUAGUGACAACUUUCUGGUUGGAUGGAAAUAAUGAAGCGCAUAAGAUAGCCGGUAAAAGAAACGAAUAUUUAUAG